AUGGAUCUCGACUUCAAGUGUUCCGAUUUGGAAGCUUGGAACGAGGCUUUAUCUUCAUACGAAUCUCGAAUCGAGUCUCUGAACAAACCAGACCUUGUCUCUCUCGACCAAUUUUACCGCGUUAAACUCCCUUCUCUUCUUCACGACCGUGACCCUAACCCUUACCUCACCACCUCCGAACUUUCCCAACUCAUGAAAUGGAAGCUCUCCCGCGGCAAAUGGCGGCCGCGUUUACUGGAUUUCGUGUCGUCUCUGGAAGAUUCAGUGGUGAAAUCUGCUUCUGAAAAGGCUUUUAAAUCUCUCCCUGACAUCUCCAAGGCUGUGAAAGAGCUCACUGUUCUUAAAGGCGUUGGUCCGGCCACUGCUUCCGCCGUUCUGGCUGCUUAUGCCCCUGACAUUGCUCCGUUCAUGUCCGACGAGGCAAUGGAAGUGGCUCUUGGGAACUCAAUGGAUUACUCUUUGAAGCAAUACUUGUUAUUUGUGUCUAAACUACAAGAAAAAUCAAAGGAAUUAAAGUUGAAGGGAGAGUGGGAUGGGCCUUCAGACAUUGAAAGAGCUCUAUGGAGUUGUACUGUGCGUUCCACAAAGUCGCAGCCAGAGAAGAGCUCUUCGGGGAAGAAAAGAAAACGGUAG